UCGUAAAGUCAAUCAAAAAUAUAAAACAUGAAGUAUGGUUUUAUAAAUAUAUUAAAACCAAUUUUUAAUAAACGACAUGAAUAUUUUUUAAAAAUAGUUAUAAAAAGACGAGCUUCUACUGGUAUUUGUUCAUUAAAGGAUGAUGAUCUUAAUAUAACUACGAAAAAUAAAAUAGAGUUGUAUUGGAAGAAUAAGGUGAAUCCGAAUUUACAUGAUAAAAAUGAUACUACAAAGGAUAAGUUUUAUGUCCUUUCUAUGUUUCCUUAUCCUUCUGGAAAACUUCAUAUGGGCCAUGUUAGAGUUUACACGAUCAGUGAUGUUAUAGCACGUUUCUAUAGGAUGACAGGUAAAAAUGUAAUUCAUCCUAUUGGAUGGGAUGCAUUUGGUCUACCUGCUGAAAAUGCUGCUAUUGAGCAACAAAUUGAUCCUAGUAAAUGGACAGUAACCAACAUAAAUAUAAUGCGCAAACAAUUAAAUGCUCUUAAUUUUUCAUUUGAUUGGAACAGGGAAAUUUCUACUUGUGAUCCUGAAUAUUAUAGAUGGACUCAAGAAUUAUUUUUAAAACUCUUUGAAAAAGAUCUAAUUUAUAGAAAAGAAGAAUAUGUUAAUUGGGAUCCCAUUGAUGAGACAGUAUUAGCUGAAGAACAGGUCGAUAUAAAUAAUAUUUCUUGGAGAUCUGGAGCUAAAGUGGAAAAAAGAUUAUUAAAUCAAUGGUUUAUUAGAACUACAGCCUUCGCUAAGUCAUUAUUGGAUGGAUUAAAUGAUCCAAUAUUGGAAGAGUGGAAAGAUAUUAUAAAAAUUCAAAAAAAUUGGAUAGGUGAUUGUAAUGGUGUAAGUUUUGAUUUUAAGUUAGUUUCUGAUAUCUCAGAAUUGCCAAAAAUCAUGAAUCUAUGGACUGAUAAGCCAGAAUUUGUCAAAUUUGCAAAAUUUGUUGUUAUUUCUCCUAGUAAUGCAUUAAAUCAACAACAAUAUUCUGAAAAUGUUAAUGCAACAACUAAAAAACUGAAAGCCACUGUAAUAAAUCCUUUUACUGAACAAGAGUUACCAAUAUUUAUAUCUGAUGAAUUGGUUUUUCCACCAAAUAGAGAGAAUUAUCUGGGUAUUCCUUCUGCUUCUAUUGAAGAUUACAAAUUUGCAGAAUCCGUGGAAAUUCCAUUUCAACGACAUAAUAUACGUUCUCAUGAAGAAUUGCAGUGUGAACUUAAUGAAAUAUUAAUUAAAGCAAAAAAAUGGAAAAUUGGUGGACAUAUAGUAAGCUCCAGAUUGAAAGAUUGGCUGAUUUCUAGACAAAGAUAUUGGGGCACUCCUAUUCCAAUUAUACAUUGUAAAAAUUGUGGUAUUCAACCUGUGCCACGUAAUCAGUUGCCUGUUAUCUUACCAAACAUUAAUUUUAAUUUAUCAGAAAAAAAUCAUUUUACUUUACUCGAUGCCAAAGAAUGGUUACAGACUGUAUGUCCUAAGUGUGGUAAUCAUGCUAUCAGAGAAGCUGAUACAAUGGAUACAUUUGUAGAUAGUUGUUGGUAUUUUUUAAGAUAUAUUGAUCCAAAAAAUCAAGAAGAAAUAUUUUCCGUAGAAAAGGUCAAAAAAGCUUUACCUGUUGAUUUAUAUAUAGGUGGAAAGGAACAUGCUACGCUCCAUUUAUAUUAUGCUCGAUUUAUAAACCAUUUUUUAUAUGAAGAAGGUCUUGUUCCUACUCGUGAACCAUUUAAGCAACUCCUUGUACAGGGUAUGGUAAUGGGAAAAACUUACCAAAUAUCUAAUACCGGACAGUAUAUAAAAGAAAGUGAUGUAAUUAAAGAUGAGACGGAUAACCAAUAUUAUGAAAAAAAUACCGGGAGACUUAUAAAAGUUACUUGGGAAAAAAUGUCUAAAUCAAAAUAUAAUGGAGUUGAUCCUCUUGAACUUUUGGAAAAUUAUGGUGUGGAUACAACUAGAAUAUUAAUACUAGCUGAUGUAGCUCCAACUUCCCACAGAAAUUGGUCUACUGAUACAAUUCGUGGUGUACAAAACUGGGAAAAUCGUAUAUGGUUAACUCUGAAAGAAUUUAUCAAGAUGAGGGAACAUGUAUCAUUAGAAGAACUUCAAACACCAGUUACUGAUCCUAAAUACGUUAAGGAUAAUGAAUUCAUGUUUGAUAGCAGAAAUUAUUUUUUAAAAAUGGUAACCUUUAAUAUCAUAAAAUCGCAACAGAUAAGUGUUGCAAUAUCUAGAAUGCAAGGACUUACAAAUAGUUUACGAAAAGUAUGUAAUGAGUGUAAAUUAAAAAGUCGUGAAUAUGAACGGGCAUUAGCUACACAAAUAAUUAUGCUUGCGCCAUUAGUUCCACAUUUUGCUUCAGAAUUAUGGACUGCAUUUUGUUCUAUACCGCAUCAUCUUAUAAAUAAAGAGGAAGUGCUAUUGGAUAAAGAUGUAUUAGAGCAAAAAUGGCCUGAAAUAGAUAUGGACUAUAAGAUGAAAAUGAAUGUUUACGUCGAUAAACAGUUGUUCAUGGAAAUAAAAGUUCCCCGCCAUACUUUAGAUAAAUUAACUGUGCAAGAAGCUUCAGAAUUAAUAAUGACUAAACCCUUUUAUCAAAAACUUAUACGAAAGCGUACAAUCACAGAUGUUAAGCUUCUCUCACAGAUAGCUUGUGAUGCAAAUUUAUAUAUUACUACAAACAAAAUAUUAGAGAAAAUUUCAUCUUAAGUGAAGUUGGCAUAAUUCUAAAAGAUUAUUAUAACAUGACAAAAAUAAUUAAAAUGUAUUUAAUGUAAAUUAAUCGUAUAAAAAACCUAUUCCUUUAUUAUUAAAUCUAUAAUCAUGAGAUUUUCAAAUGAUACCUCAUUUUAUUUACA